GAGUUCCAGUUAGAAAACAACUGUGCAGCGGACUACCUAAAGAUAUAUGACGGAAAAUAUACUUCUGCACCACUGCUGGGUACCUUCUGUGAUACAGCACCACCAAAAAUAAUCUCCACAACAAAUGCAAUGCUUCUGGUGUUUAAAACGGACGGAAGUAUCAUUUCUAUAGGCUUCAAUGGAACAUUUACA